AUGCCAGAAUUUUUACAAAAAGGUGACUGGCUAACCAAAAUCGAUCUAUUGUUGGCUUACUGUCAUGUACCUAUAGCCCAGGCACAUCGCCCCUUCCUUCGUCUUGUCUAUGACAAGGAAAUUUUGCAAAUGACAUGCUUGCCCUUUGGCCUUUCAUCUGCACCUCAAAAUUUUGCAGCCAUUUCAAAUUGGAUCGCUGACAUCCUUCGUUCACCUGGCAUAAGAUUGGUCGUCUAUCUCGAUGACUUUUGUCUGGCCUCUCAAAACAGAGACAGAUUAAUAACUCAAACUUUGGAAGCUAUAAAUCUUCUUGAAUUUCUUGGUUGGAAAAUUAAUCACGAUAAAUGCAUUCUGAAACCAUGUCAAAAUUCGGAAUUCCUAGGAAUCCAAUGGAACACUCUCACUAACCAAAUGAGUCUUCCUAAGGCCGUUUACACUGCCGUUACCUUCAGAGGUUCCUAUCUUGUUUCAAUUAAUCGAGACUGA